CGGCGCUCGAGCAUGUGCUCCAGCCAUUGGCUCACGCCUCCGUCGUCGAUUCGUGCCCCCUUCCUGGCCAUGGACCCUGGCGGCGGGGUACUGCCAUCCAGUGGGGUCCGACGAGAUCCCUAGUGACGAUUGUCCUCUCGAGCAAGUAGAUUGUCGUCGAGGUAUCAUGCGUGAGCGACUGAGGGGUCCGGACAGGUGCCGUGCCGCCUUCGAUGAGUCUCGUGGGCAACCUUCUCGUGCCUGGGCGUAUAUAUCCUUGGCUCGCCGUGUCGUGUCCCUCAGUCUGAUCCCAACUUUCAACUUGAUCGUGUGAACGGCUUUCAACACUGCUCUCCUAACUAGCGCCUUUUCAACAACUCCUCUCUCUCUCCUUGAACAAUGAGAGAGUACCAUGGCUUCUCAUGGUGGUAACAUUUUGUCCUUGGGCUCUGUCCCGACCCUCCUCGGUGGAAUCGUAGCAGCUGCAUUGAGCACACUCUGCCUUUCCUCCGUCUUUGGCGGGAACAAGGACGAAGCCCCCGGCCUGAUCAAAUCUUUUUUCCUCUUCUUUUACUCUUCCUUCCUCAAGCCUCACCAGGGCGACUCCAAGGGCAACCAGCAGGAUGCCCUCGAGAGCUUCUACAAGAAGCAAGCCGGGGCUUACGAUGCCACGCGGAAGGUCCUCCUCCGCGGUCGCGAGGACAUGCUCGCGCUUGUUGCCGCUCAGCUCAAGUCUAAGGCUGAGAACGAGAACAACAAGAAGAACAAGCGGAUCUGGGUUGAUAUUGGCGGCGGCACUGGCUUCAACAUCGAGGCCAUGUCCGAGAACGUCGACGUCCCUACCUACUUCUCAAGCGUCUACCUCGUCGACUUCUCCCCAUCUCUGUGCGAGGUGGCCAAGAAGCGAUUCGAACGACUUGGCUGGAAGAACGUCAAAGUCGUCUGUGAAGACGCUCGCAAGUUCCGCCUCGAGGACCACGAGCAUGGUAUGGGAUCCAACCCGGCCCCUCCCCGGUCCCCGGCUCUGAGCUACUUCAGCAAGCCGCGUCCCGACUUUGGCGGUGCGGAUCUUAUCACCUUGUCGUACAGCUUGUCAAUGAUUCCCGAUUACUACUCAGUUAUCGAUUCAGUGACCUCGCUGCUGGCCCCCCAGGGCAUCAUGGGUGUCGUCGACUUUUACGUCCAGAACAAGGUCGAUUUCGCUUUCCGAAACUACACCGGCGGUCUGGUCGAUCGCCACGUCAACUUCCUCUCUCGAAACUUCUGGCGCUCCUGGUUUGAUCUCGACCGCGUUGGCCUCGAGCCCAGCCGCCGAGAUUACCUCGAGUACAAGUUCGGUACUGUUCUCAACGUCAACACUCGCAACAAGGGACUGGGUGCCAUUCCCUACUACAUUUGGCUUGGAUGCCACAAGAAGCCCUUCUCCUCGUCCAGUCUUCCCAAUGAGAUCGUUGAGCGCAUCGAUGCCCUCGCCACUGAGUCGCCUUACCUGCACCCUGUCAACCAGGGCGAUGCUCUGAACCGGGCUAUCGAGAGAUCCGCUCCCGAGAUCCGCUCCAAGGCCUUCCUCACUGCUGUCCAGAACCUGUCGUCCAACCUCCCUCUGCCGUCCUUCUUCUACCAGAACCAUCACUGGCGCAUCUACUACGACGACCAGCUCAAGAAGCACACCCAAUUCAACGACGAGUACAUCUAUGCCUUUACCUGGGAGGAUACCCGUGUCGACGAGCGCCUUCUGAAGCUAGGCCCUGACGACAAGGUCUUGGCAAUCACUUCGGCCGGUGACAACAUUCUCUCGUACCUCACUCAGAGCCCUGCCCGAGUUCACGCCGUCGAUCUCAACCCCACCCAGAACCACCUCCUCGAGCUAAAGGCCGCCGCCUACACCUCCGGUAUUCCCUAUGAUGACUUCUGGAAGAUCUUCGGCGAGGGAAAACACUCGCAGUUCCGCGACCUGCUCAUCACCAAACUGUCUCCUCAUCUAUCUGGCCGUGCUUUCCAGUACUGGCUCAAGAACAUCCACGUCUUCCAGAACAGCAGCGGUUACGGCCUCUACGACACCGGCGGUUCCCGUCACGCUAUUCGUGUCUUCCGCUGGAUCGCCCGUAUCUUCGGUCUUCGGUCCGCUGUUAAGCAGCUGCUUGAGACUAAGACGCUCAACGAGCAGCGUGAGAUCUGGCGCAACAAAGUCCGCCCCGCCCUGCUGUCUAAGCUUGUCUGCAACCUCGUUGUCGCCCAGGAGAGCUUCCUCUGGGCUGCUUUGGGUGUCCCCAAGAACCAACUGGCCAUGAUUGAGGCUGACCACGCCGAGUCUGACCUGGUCAAGGGUCCCAAGCCCACCGCCAAGAACAACCGCUCGCACGCCAUCUGGCACUACAUGGUCAACACACUCGACCCCGUUGCUGAGGAGACUCACAUCGCCGAGAACAACCCGUACUACUAUGUCUGCCUUGCUGGGAAAUUCUCUCGCAAGUGUCACCCCGACUACCUCAGCCCCCAGGCUCAUGCCAAGCUCUCGCGCCCCAACGCACUCGACGGCCUCCGCAUCCACACUGACGAGCUUGAGGAAGUCAUCGCACGCAUCACGCCCGGAACCCUGACCGUUGCCGUUGUUAUGGACAGCAUGGACUGGUUCGACACUGGCUCCCGCGCAGCCGGUGCCCAGAUCACGAAGCUCAACCGAGCUCUCCAGAUGGGCGGCCGGGUGCUCCUGCGCUCGUCGGCUCUGACCCCGUGGUACAUCAAGGAGUUUGAGAGCCACGGCUUCACUCCUAAGCGCCACGGUGCCCGCCUUGACGGUGCUUGCAUCGACCGGGUCAACAUGUAUGCCUCUUGUUGGAUUUGCACCAAGUCCGAGAACCUGCCCCCGCCUACUCCCGAGAUGGACCGGGUAGGAGGCGCUGAGAUCAGUAGCCUGACUAUCUAGUUGGGGAUUGGUGAAGGGAAUGGUGGAAACUGAACUUGGAAAGUGGAGGAAUACGCUCGUUCUUGAUGCAACAAUGGAGUGGGGAGUAGUUUGGUGACAUGAUGGAAAUGAAUUCAAACAAACAAGUGACGCGAUGCCGAAAUGAAAUAAAUUUGAC